AUGAAUAAAAGCGACAGCUCACCGAUCAGUAACGAUCAUUUGCACUUCCAACAGUUGAUAUACGCUUAUGCAUUGCAUUAUCAACUUGCGGACUCCUUAAACAACAGCUUGAGUAACUGUGCUGAUUUCAUUUAUUUUAAUUGGACGAAGACGUAUGAGGAAUACGAUCAUGACUUGGAUAUCAUCAAGUUUUGGGUAUACGGCGUCUUACUGAAUAUAAUUGGCGUCAUCGGGGUUCUGGGCAACGUCAUAUCCAUGAUUAUACUCUCCCGCCCGCAAAUGAGAUCAAGUUUUCACUUUUUGCUUUUGGGCUUGGCACUCUGCGACACAAUUUUUAUUACUUCUGCCAUCCUGGUGCUUGGCAUACCUUCGAUAUACCCGUAUACGGGUCACUUAUUCUGGUAUUAUAACUAUGUGUAUCCGUUCAUUUAUCCUAUAAUGAUUCCCAUAGUCAUGACUGCCCAGACGGCGAGUAUCUACAUUAUUUUAAUGUUGACUGUGGAACGCUAUGUGUCGGUCUGUCAUCCGCUUUGAGUACGUGCUCUCUGCACCUAUAGGCGGGCCAAGAUCUCUUUUACUGUCUGUGUCUGCUUUGCCUUCUUCUACAAUAUUCCACGAUUUUGGGAGACUCAUACGGUGACGUAUCAAGUGCCCAACACGACAAUUGUUCUACAUUGUGUGAGGCCGUCGACAAUGAGAAUGGAUCUAACGUACGUUAAAAUCUAUAUAAACUGGUGCUAUCUGAUUGUGAACUAUAUAAUACCCUUUCUCAUGAUGGUCAUACUUAAUUGGCUGAUCUACAGGCAGGUGAAGCGGGCAAAUCGGGAACGACAACGCUUGUCGAGAUCGAAAACACUAGAAAAUAGAUUGACAACGAUGCUGUUGGGUGCAGUUCUAUACUUACUGUUAAACUUUUUGACUUUCGUGUUGAACAUCUGUGAGGCAUUCUACAUUGUGAUCGAUUAUAAGGUGCUACCGGUGUCCAAUCUUUUCGUCGUUGUGAACAACAGCGUCAACUUUCUAAUUUACAUCAUCUUUGGCGAAAAGUUUAGGCGCAUCUUUUUACUCUUUUUUUCAAAAGACGCGACACGACGUCGACAGAGAAGCUUCCGAAUAAUACGCUAA